AGAGAGAGCGAGAGAAAAAAACAAAAGACAUCCUCUAUUAGACAAUGGUAGUAAGUUCAGUAGGGAGACAGGCGGCUACACGCAGUCAGUCGGCUACUCCGCACUCUGAGGAGAGAGGGAGAGACAGACAGAGUGAGUGCGUCUGAGUGAAAAACCGGCCAGGAAACAACAAGUGGAGAAAUGUCAUCUGGGCUGUCCUUGCCAGAGGAGGACCUGUGUUGUCCUGUGUGCUGUGACAUCUUCCGGGACCCCGUCCUGCUGCCCUGCAGCCACAGCUUCUGCCGGGGGUGUUUGCAGCGCUUCUGGGAGAGCUCCGCGUCCCCGCGCAGCUGCCCAGUGUGCCGGAGACGCAGCUCGCGGCGCAACCCUCCGGCCAACCUGGCGCUCAGGAACCUCUGUGACGCCUUCGCCCAGGCCAGAGCUCAGCGGGAGGCGGCCGAGGCCAGCAGGCAGCUGUGCCCCCAGCACGGGGAGAAGCUCAAACUCUUCUGUCAGGAGGAGCAGCUGCCCAUCUGUGUGGUGUGCCAGACCUCCAAAACACACAAGGGCCACGAGUGCGUCCCAGUGGAAGAGGCGGCCUCGGACUGCAGGGCUGAGCUGAAGACUGCUCUGAAAUCCCUUCAGGACCAGCUAACGGGCCUCAAUAAAAUCAAAUCCAGCGCAGACAUGACAGUGGACCACAUUAAGGUUCAGGCGCAAUCGAUAGGACAGCGCAUCAAGGAUCAAUUUUUGCGACUGCACCAGUUUUUGUUUGAGGAGGAGAAGGCUGCUCUGCUGGCGGUGAGGGCGGAGGAGGAGGAGAAGCUGCAGAUGGCUAAGGAGAAGGCCACGGCCACGGCCAAGAGGAUAGAUGCCUUCUCACAGGCCGUCAGGAGCCUCCAGCAGGAGCUCACGCCCCCUGCUAACGACCUCACCCUGUUACAGAACUUUAAAGCAAGUAUGGGAAGGGUGGAGUGUUUGGAGCCAGAGGGGGAGUUGGCUGCAGGUUCGCUGAUGGAUGAAGCUAGGCACCUGGGGAACCUGAGGUUCAGGGUCUGGGAGCAGAUGAGGAGAGUCUCUCCCUAUUUUCCAGUGACUGUGGACCCAAACACAGCCCAUCCCUGCCUGUCCAUCUCGGAAGACCUGACAGCUCUGCAGUACAGCAACCCAGCUCCACAGAUCCUCAGUAACCCAGAGCGCUUCCGUAUGAGUGCAGAGGCUCUGGGCUCCACUGGCUUCAGCUCCGGCUCCCACUCCUGGGUGGUGGACACCACGGGAAACGAGGACUGGAUCCUGGGCCUGGCGUACCGCUCGGUGCAGAGGAACUCCGAGACCUCUGCCAGGCCAAAGAACGGCUUUUGGACGCUGUGUUUGCGAGACGGCGUGUACAGGGCCAUGACCUCCCCUCCCACCGUUCUGCCUCUGAUUGGAAAACCCAAGCGGAUCACCGUCCAGCUCGAUUGGGAGGAAGGGGAAGUGUCUUUCAGAGACCAAGAGGAAGGCACCACCCUGUACACGUUCGCACAGACUUUUGCAGAGGCUGUCUUUCCAUAUUUUUACACACAAACCGCAGUCCCUCUUAGACUUUUACCACAAACGCCCAGUGUCACCAAAAAAGUUUAGAGUGCAGAUGGAGCAUACUUUUUUGUUAGUUCCUUCUUUAUACUGUAAGGUUUGAUUUUGGAUUUGCUGAUGUGUCAAAUAAAAUUUGAAUUUGUAUUACA